GCAUUACCUUCAGAGGUUCGACACCGAUGGCGAUGAGCUGCUGAAUGAAAAGGAGUUUCAGGAGCUCUACCGAGCCCUGCUCCUUGUCAAGCUGGAGGAAGUGGAGCCUGCAGACUUCUCCCGUGACAUGUUUAUCAGCCGGCGGAAGGGCAAGCCAGAGGACAACUACGACAUCUUUGGCAUUGUGGGCGUUGGCUCCUUUGGUGUGGUCCGGAAGGUCAAGUGCAAGCUUACUGGCACUACUCGUGUCAUGAAGGUUGUUGACAAGCAGAAGGCACUGAAUGGAGGUUAUCCUUUGAAGCUCAUCAUGGAGGAGAUCGACAAGCUCAGAGCUCUUGAUCACCCCUCCGUGUUGCGGUUAUUUGAAUACUGCGCGGACGCGCUGAAUCUAUAUCUGAUAACAGACAUGCUCCCAGGUGGUGACUUGCUGGACAUUGUGGAGGGCUCAUAUGCAAAGAAGCGGCGCUUAGAGGAGAAUUGGGUGCGUGAUGUCUUUCGCCAGGCCUCCGAAG